AUGCUUUACCGCACGGCAGUUCCAGUGCCGGGUGACGCCCUUGUGCAGCGCAAUCUGGAGUUCACGCGAACCGCGUGGAAGGCAGGCCUCCGUCCCGAUCAACGCGAGGCGAAUCAGUUGCGGGUGGUGGAGAUGGACUUCCCGCUGCUCUCCCGUGACGUGGUGCAGGUGAAGUGCGGCAACACUGUCGCCACAGCCACGGUCAGUUGCGACCUUGUAGAGCCCUCCCCGUACCGUCCAAAGCAUGGCUUCUUCGAGGUGCAUGCUCGCCAGCUGCUGCACGAACGCGACCCUCUCGACCAAUUGAAGGAGAUUAAGCGCAUUAGCAUGUACCUGACACGACUACUCUCCGGCAGUGUGCUGGAGACGGAGGGGCUUUGCGUCAUCCCAGGCCGCCGGGUGUGGAGCAUUGAUGCAGAGGUGAUCAUUGUGAACAAUGAUGGCAACGUGCAAGAUGUGGCGCAGUGGGCCGUGAUGGCUGCCCUGCAGCACGUACGGCGGCCCGAGCUCACUAUUCGUGGCGAAGACGUGGUUGUACACCCUCCGCAUGAGCGGGACCCGGUGCCGCUGCCGCUUCAUCACAUCCCUCUCUCCUUCACGUUUGCUGUCUGCGCCAAUCCGCAGGAGGUGCAGCUGGCGGUGCGCGCGGCCACGCUGCGUCGUGCACAGGGAUCUCGAGGCGGUGCUCCCUCCGGGGCCAACGCGGAUGAGGGCGACGGUGAAGCGAAAGAUCUCGGCUGGUCGAGUGACGCACUGCAGGUCGUGGUGGAUCCGUCUUUAGAGGAAGCUGCCGCGGCCGCGUGCACGGUGUCGGUGGCCGUGAACGGUGAGGGUUACGUGUGCUCGCUGGAGAAAGCGGAUGGCUGCGAUGUGUCAAUCGCGUACCUGGGACAAUGCAUGGAGACUGCCACGAAGCUCACGCAGGCGCUGCUGAUGCAGAUGAAGGAGUCAAUGGAGGCGCACAAUGCGAAGCGCACAGAAGCGGUGCGCAGCCAGUUUCUCUGGGCACAGCAGCGUCGCGGCAUCCAGGCUAUUGGGACCCCGGGUGACGAGGGGGAACACGCAAGCAAGAAGGUCAAGUCCGAGGAAUGA